ACAAGGAGUGCGUGGACCUGGACAACCCGCUCUCAGGACACGUGGACGUCAAGGGCAAGGUGGUGGGCUCCGUCGCCACCUACAAGUGUCAAGAGGGCUACCACCUGAUAGGUCAGGCCACACGACACUGCCAGGCCAACGGGAUCUGGACCUCGGCGCCCCCAGAGUGCAGAGAAAACUUGUACUGUACGGAUCCACCAGCCAUACCGAACGCCCGCCACAACGGCCUGACAGGUCAGACGAGGUUUGAGGUGAACCAAACACUACUCUACUCCUGCUACGAGGGCUACACCACCCGCGGCUUCGACGUGGCCAAGUGCUUCCUCUACAACAACACCAUGCAGUGGUUCGGCCCAGAGAUAGAGUGCGAACCCAAGACGUGUGGCGACCCAGGUGAGAUCCUGAAUGGCUUCAAGGAGGGGUCGUGCUUCUCCUUCUCGUGCAGGGUGACCUACCACUGCCGCCCGGGGUUCGAGAUGAUAGGCAAGAGCAACUACUACUGCCAACACGACGGCACCUGGAGCCCCCACGAGCUACCAGUCUGCACACCGGUGCAAUGCGACAUCCCGGACAACCCGGACCAAGGGCAGGCCAUCUUCAUCGCUGUGUCGUACAACGCCGUGGUGUCGUACGAGUGCAAGUAUGGCUUCACCAUCGUCGGCUCCUCCACCAGAAGGUGUGGCGCCGACAAGAAGUGGAGCGGCAGCAAGCCCAUUUGUAAACAGAUCAACUGCGGACACCCCGGGCAUCUGUCCAACGGCUGGUUGGAAAACAUCGACCAGGGGACGGCUCUUGGCGCCUCCAUCAUCUUCAGAUGUUUCCCCAACAUGACCAUCGAGGGUGACCAGUCGACAGUGUGUCAGGCCGACGGCUCCUGGAGCAAGCCACUGCCUAUGUGCCUGGCGCCGUGCAUUGUGCCCACUAUUGAGCACGGUGGGCUGCGCAACGCCACGCCCUCGGGGGCUCAAGUAGAGCACGGCAGCACCAUCGACGUCCAGUGCGAUGAGAACUUCGAACUGGCCUACAGUCUCGCUCCCUCCCUCUGCUACAACGGCACCUGGACCAACUACCCUCGCUGCCAGCCAGCCCGCUGCAAGAAGCUGCCGGAGCGACCUCGUCACGGUAUGGUGAUUGCUCCCAAGACUGACCAUGGCAAGAAGGCUCGCUACCGCUGUAAGGACGGCUACGAGCUCCAAGGACCAACGACUACCAGAUGCCACUACGGUAACUGGACCGGUGUCACCCCCAAGUGCCAGGAAGUAUACUGUCCGUUCCCCGGGGAGCUGACCCACGGUCGAGUCCUGCUGGUCGGCAAUAUGGGAAUGUAUGACUAUCGCUCCUAUGUUAAGAAGGUGCGAAACAACAGGCAGCUGCGGUUUGCGUGCGACCGCGGGUUCUUCCUGGUGGAGGGACCGCCCGGGGCCACGUGCGUGCACGGGAGGUGGAGCCCCAAGGAGAUGCCAAGGUGCAAGCCAGACCUCCACCCAAGGUUCCGCUGGUUGAAGAGAUCGGUCAACGCCACAGACUUCGUCAACGACCACAAAAUAGGGACACUCGCUAGGAAAGGCGACUUUGACCUUACUCUCACCGGGGUUAAUGGCUGGCAGAAGGUGUUUGAAGCGACCGACGUCCCGACAGCAAGAGCAAUGGGAGGUCAAAGAUCUCCUGCAGACAAGAGCGAGACAGAAGACCCGAUUAUUAACGAAGAAGAGUCAACUAAAUCUGGCUAUCUGCCGUCACAUCCACCUACCACCAGCCCGCUAUCACACCUGACACCCGACCUUCUUACGACGACCACCGAACACGACCACAGAGACACCAACAUCUCUCCAACCUUCCCAAGGCCAUCUCCAUCCACUGGCCUUCCGCUGAGGAAAAAUUCUGUCCCUACAGGUAUCCAAGAAGCCAUCACAUUAGGGAAGGAACUUAGAGGUCCUCUCGUUGAUUUCUACAGGCUUCUACGAACAGAAAAUGAGGCACAUGAGCAGAUAAUGCAGGAGGGAGAGUGGCCUUCCUUGGUGAGAGUUCCCAGAAAUGUAGCGGAGAAGGAGAAGAAAGACAAGAAUCGCAAGAGGAGAAAUAAAUGGAAGAAAAAGGGAAAGCGAGUAACACCAGGUCCCUCCCUCCCCGCCUCAGACUCCCCUGUGGUACCGCACUGUGAGCCUAUCCCUAGUGAGCCGUACCUGAGGGUGGAGGUGGUACGUAAGGGUCGAGACAGCAACUACACGUACUCGGCCGGAGCACGUAUCAAGGUAACGUGUUUGCACGGCUACGGACUCAACAUCGGCAACCGUACGGCCAAGUGCGCGCGGCGGGGCAAGUGGAAGCCCAUGAAGCCUGAGUGUGUCACUUUGCCAUGUACAGUGCCCGAGGCCCCCCACGGGCAGUUCGAGUUCAACGGGGUGGCGGCGGGGGAACGAGCCAUCAUCAGCCAUGGCGAAGUGGUCAAGUUCUCGUGCCAGGGUGGCUACACCGUCCUGGGUUCGGAUACCAUGAGGUGCUGGUAUGGGUCCUGGGCGGUCACCGGCAAGAACCCAGAGUGCAUACCAAACAACUGCGUGCUGCCAGACCUCGCCCAUGGGAAGUACACAGCUGGCUACAAGAAGGGUCUGACGAUCAUCCACGGUGCGUCGGUGGGUUACGCCUGCGACGACGGCUGGCUGGUGGGGGUGGCCGACGUGUCGUGCUACCUGGGGCUCUUGAGCCCCGCCCCGCCGUCGUGCGUCGCCCCAGAACUCCCUGUGGUUGAGAUUGUCAACAACGAGCUGGUCCCACCUAUCAAGAGAGGACACUCGGACGGGCCUCACACAAGCGGAGGUGACAUCACUGACAUGGGCUUGUCCUCCACCAUGAUGAUGUCAUGCAGCCCCCCCAUCGUCGUCCCCGGCUCUCAGGGCUUCAAGAACGGCCAGCCCCUUGACGACAAGGAUCAGAGAUUCCCGGAUGGCACCACCGUGACCUUCAACUGCAAGACCAACAACAUUGGGGUCAAGACCACGUGGGACAUGACGUGUAUGGACGGGUCCUGGCAGGGGCUGCGCCCCCCGACCACCUGCGAGGCAGAGGGCGCAGACGAGGAGGAGAGCUACGGCAACAAGACCUGCUCCUGGAGUAAGACGGAGCCCAAUCUUGUUACUUUCUUCAACGACCAAGAGAUCACAGAGGAGGACGUCGUCUUCGAGCCGGGAGCGGAGCUGGUGUCCCGGUGUGUUGAUAUCGGCAAGUACGCGCUGAUUGGGUCGACUCAUCGUCGCUGUGUCGACGGUGUUUGGAACGGCGAGAAGCCUGCGUGUUUUGGCCUCAACCAAGAGAACGACUACUCCCUGGACAAGCCGCCCACAAUACUCUUCCGUAACGAGCAUGGGCCCAUGGCGCAGAGCAACGAUGGCAAGCUGGUGGUGUACCCUGGCACUGUCCUGCACCUUGAGUGCCUCUUCAUGCGGCGACACGGCACUCCCAAGUGGAACGUCUCCCUUGCCAGCUCGCUCCUGCCGGGAAAGAAGAGACGAAGGAAGGGAAGCAAGAAAGGUGGAAAGGGAGGAGGAAAGCCGAAAGCCGUCGGAGGACUAGUGCCGUACCCGAACGGGUGGGCGAACGCUCCGGGUCGCAACAUGCAGCUGGAGUACAGACUCUCCAUCUUCAAGGCCCAGGAGAAGGACUCGGGAGCCUACGCCUGUGUGACGCCCUUCGGUCACAAACACAUUGUCAAGGUCGAGAUCAAAGCCAUCCACUGUCCGGACAUCGCCACUCUGAACAAGUCGGACGAACUCACCUCACUUCGAUACGAACCUCCGGAGGAGACGCGAAUGAGCACCGUAGUGACUUUCACGUGUACUCCGGGGUCGUCGUUAGUGGGGGCGCACCAGAUUACCUGUCUGCCCUCAGGGAACUGGUCGGCGCCCAUACCCCGGUGUGAGAAAGACAAGUGUGUUCCGCCGGCGCCGCCUCUCAACGGUAUAGUGAGUGGAGAAGGUCCCUUCCAUGCCGGGGACGUCAUCGAGGUCAAGUGUAGUCCUAACUACAUGAUGGAAGGACAACCUCUUAUCGUCUGCCAGGAAGAUGGCCAAUGGUCCGAUGAGAUCCCGAAUUGUCUGCUGGCCUGCACCUACCCAGGCACCAUCAUCUCCGGCACCAUGAGUUCCAUCAAGUUCUACUACCCCAUUAACGACAACAUUACCUACACGUGCAGUUCUGGUUUUGUGCUGCACGGCGCUCGCUCUAUCGUGUGUCGUGAGGGAGGCAAGUGGUCGGCUCCCGUGCCCACCUGUCUGCCACGACAGUGAGCCUACUAGCGGUGACUGACAGCCCUCCGGUGACUUUGUUGAUUGAUUCGAUAACUCAACUCCUUCCACGGACUGUGGACCAUGGCGCUAUAAGGAUGGUCCCCCGGGGCCCUGAUGACUGUUGACCAUUUCGCUAUAAGGAUGGUCUUCCCCGGGGCCCUGAUGACUGUGGACCAUGGCGCUAUAAGGAUGGUCCCCCCCCCCGGGGCCCUGAUGACUGUGGACCAUGGCGCUAUAAGGAUGGUCCCCCCCGGGGCCCUGAUGACUGUAGACCAUGGCGCUAUAAGGAUGGUCCCCCGGGGCCCAGAUAACUGUGGACCAUGGCGCUAUAAGAAUGGUCCCCCCCGGGGCCCUGAUGACUGUGGACCAUGGCCCUAUAAGGAUGGUCCCCCCCCCCCCCGGGGCCCCUGAUGACUAUGGACCAUGGCGCUAUAAGGAUGCACGUUGUAUUCAAAAGUAUAGUCAAGGCUGCCACAGCUAACUGACUACACCUUCUGAUUGGUGUAAAAUAGCUGACACUCAGAGGCGACAAGUAGCAAUAUGGACGAUAAAGGCGAAUCGGGAUAUCUACAGACGAUGCAAAUAGCCUGUUUUGAACAAUCCCACGAGGUAACAAGUGCAUUAGGAACUUCAGUGCAUCACACAUCCUACUGUAGGACACGUGAUAGAUUUCAGGAUGAAACCCAGCAUUAACUUAGUGUUUCUGAUAACUGUAACAAUCAGACUAUCUUCGUCGAAGUUUCUACCGUAGGAAGAAAGCAAUACUAGUGGUCUUUAAUCUCAUGAUAUCUACAACCUUCCCAUACUUGUAUAUUACAUAUCACAUUUCAGCAUAUCAGAGCAACAUUCACAUAUGUUUGAUUAUAUAUAUAUAUAUAUA